CAUAUACUUCAUCAUUGUUUGUUGUCAUUCGAUCGGUAUCGUGCGUGAUUUACUGAAUUUCAGUUGAUAUAUUAACGCUUAUAUAAUACAAUAAAUUUUCUUGAAAUUCAGCUGGCUCUGAAAAAACUGAUUUUUAGUGAAAAAAAAAUGAAUCACACUAUCAACAACUUGUUGCUUCCUAUGUUUUCAAACGCUCAAAGGUUUCUCGUUACAUUGUUGUGCGGUAUGUUGCAAAUUUAUUCAAAAGUCAUGAUUUUAACUGAUGCGUGUUUGAGUCCACAUAAAAACAUUGUCAUUAUAGAAUAUUAUGAGGACAAACGAAAGAAAGAAUGUCAAGAAAUAACAGAGUUGUUUGAUGAAAAUAAAUCGUUAAGGGACGAGAUGAAAAAACUCAGGACAGAAAUGCGAUUACUGAGAGAAGACAACAGGAAUUUGUCAUCGAAGUUACGAUCGGCAAACAACAUGAUUCGGAUUUUAACAAAAACGAGAGAAAAUGCUGAUGAAUGCAAAACCCCGACGAAGGGGUUAAAUUUACUCAGUGUUGAGAAUUUAUUAAAAGAAAAGAUUAACAACAAGGCGUUGGUUUCGAGUAAUUUGAACUUAAAAUUCAAGAAGGUUAAAUUUGAUUUUCGUACAGACUCCAAGGUCAAACCUAAUGAAGCGACGAAACCAAAUAAUAAAUCUAUAUUAAAAUCAAGAAAUGAAGAACCAAAUAACUUGAAAAAUAUUUUAAAGAAAAUUGAGAAUAAACAAAGCACCACAUCCAGUUUCAUACAAAGCAAACCUCGUUUGUUGACGACUAGGAAAAAUCUGACUUCAAAAAAUAAUUCAAUCAAGGAACCGAAGAAUACCAAAGAAAGUAGAAAACUUGAUGCAGUACAAAAGUUAAGAGAAAACUGGAAAAAGGAAAUUCCAAAAGGAGCUUUGACUUCUAGAUUUCAGCUACAGAAGACUACAGACUUAAACUACAGCAGAAGUUGUAAGCAGAAUAAUAACAUCAACGAUGAGACCUACGUAAUCGAAUAGACACUCGAUUAAUAGCUCAUAGACGGUGUCGCUGUUUACCGUUAGAUAGAAUGUGUGAUUUUAUAAUUAGAGACUUUUAAUCACUUUACUAGCGAAACAUUAUGUAUGUGUAAUAUUUUUUAGAUUUUUAUAACUCGAGUUCGAUCGCAUAGAGAUAAUGAAAUAUUUAUUGGAAAAUUGUAAAUCAAUUAGUUCUUUUGUAUCAAUAUACAUAUAAUUUUAAUCUUUUA